AACACAUGCCAUAACCAUACCACUCUUCAACGGUCAAGAUUCCUUUUUUGGUUAUCCAUUGAACCAAUCUCCACCGUUGGAUCAUCCGACAUGACCAAGAUUAAACUUAACCAUGAUUCUUCAGGUCUUGGAUCUCGCUGUAACACGAAGCUUCACUGAGCUGAGCUUUAAGUCAAUUCCUCUGUUUAGCAAUCGAUAGAGGAAGAUGAAUUAUUUCCCAGACGAGGUUAUAGAGCACGUGUUUGACUUCGUAGUUUCUCACAAAGACAGGAACUCUAUAUCUCUUGUCUGCAAAUCAUGGCACAAGAUCGAGAGGUUUAGUAGGAAGGAAGUGUUCAUCGGAAACUGCUACGCCAUCAAUCCGGAGAGAUUAAUCGGGAGGUUUCCAUGUCUCAAAUCCUUAACUUUAAAAGGGAAGCCUCAUUUCGCUGAUUUCAACUUGGUUCCUCAUGAAUGGGGAGGUUUCGUGCUUCCUUGGAUUGAAGCUUUGGCUAGAAGCCGUGUGGGACUUGAGGAGCUGAGAUUGAAGCGAAUGGUGGUAACAGAUGAAAGCUUGGAGCUUCUUUCGCGUUCUUUUGCAAAUUUCAAGUCUUUGGUUCUUGUCAGCUGUGAAGGGUUUACCACUGACGGCUUAGCUUCCAUUGCUGCUAAUUGCAGGUAUCUUCGUGAGCUGGAUCUGCAAGAGAAUGAAAUUGAUGAUCAUAGAGGUCAAUGGCUGAACUGUUUUCCAGAUAGCUGCACUACUCUUAUUUCGUUGAAUUUUGCCUGUCUUAAAGGAGAGACCAAUGUUGCUGCUUUAGAGAGGCUUGUUGCAAGGUCCCCGAACCUGAAGAGCUUGAAGUUAAACCGUGCAGUACCCCUUGACGCACUCGCUAGGUUAAUGAGUUGUGCGCCGCAGUUAGUGGACUUAGGAGUAGGGUCUUAUGAGAAUGAGCCAGAUCCUGAAUCUUUUGCAAAACUCAUGACUGCCAUUGAAAAAUGCAUGUCGUUAAGGAGCUUGUCAGGCUUUUUAGAGGUUGCUCCACUCUGCCUCCCAGCGUUCUACCCGAUUUGUCAAAACCUUAUCUCGUUGAACCUCAGCUAUGCAGCCGAGAUCCAAGGCAACCACCUCAUCAAGCUUAUUCAGCUUUGCAAGAGACUUCAACGGUUAUGGAUAUUGGAUAGUAUUGGUGACAAAGGACUUGCGGUUGUCGCUGCCACAUGUAAAGAGUUGCAAGAGCUGAGAGUUUUUCCCUCUGAUGUACAUGGUGAAGAAGAUAACAAUGCAGCUGUGACCGAGGUCGGACUAGUUGCGAUCUCUGCAGGUUGCCCUAAACUUCAUUCGAUUCUAUACUUCUGCAAACAAAUGACAAAUGCAGCGCUCAUAGCUGUGGCCAAAAACUGCCCAAACUUCAUCCGGUUCCGGCUAUGCAUUCUCGAGCCACACAAACCUGACCAUAUCACAUCUCAAUCACUAGACGAAGGCUUUGGUGCGAUCGUACAAGCUUGCAAGGGUCUAAGACGACUCUCUGUCUCCGGUCUCUUAACUGACCAAGUCUUUCUUUACAUCGGUAUGUACGCGGAGCAGCUGGAGAUGCUUUCAAUAGCUUUUGCGGGGGACACUGACAAAGGAAUGCUCUAUGUGUUGAAUGGAUGCAAAAAAAUGAGGAAGCUGGAGAUAAGGGACAGUCCUUUUGGGAACGCUGCGCUUCUUGCUGACGUGGGUAGGUACGAAACAAUGCGAUCCCUUUGGAUGUCGUCUUGUGAAGUAACCCUCGGUGGCUGCAAGAGGCUCGCGCAGAAUUCGCCACGGCUGAACGUAGAGAUCAUCAACGAGAAUGAGAAUAAUCGGAUGGAACAGAAUGAAGAAGACGAAAGAGAGAAGGUUGAUAAACUUUACCUCUACCGAACAGUGGUUGGGACUAGAAAAGAUGCACCACCAUAUGUUAGGAUUCUUUAGUCUCUCCCAUUUCCCACUCCAUACUACCGGACCAUCUUGGAUCUCUCUUAUGGUUCAUGUUGGUUUUUUGUUUUAGGCCCUUGAUGUUGUUCUUUAGCUCUUUCUCCAAUUUUAGGUGUACUUUGCUUCAGACAAGAACUGAUUUCUUUCUAUGCAGCUUCAUGUGUUUUUAAUCAUUUCUUUGUGCUUAUGUUUUGUGAAUUUAAAAAACAAAAGAUGAACAA